AUGUCUACUCGUACCUUACCAAUGAGGGUAUCCAGUAUCUCCGGAAUUACCUUCAUCUGCCCCUGGAGAUUCUGCCUGCCACCCUACGCUGCAGCCGUCCAGGGACUGGCAGGCCUCGGUCUAAAGUACCUAUUGCAUGCCCCCCCACAUCCGCCUCCCGCCAUUGCCAGCAAGUGCUUUGCGCGGGUACCACAGCAAGCCAGUGCUGUGUGCGCCAAAUUCCAGGGCGUCCUCCAGCUCAGCCACUACACUGAGCACAAGGAAUCUCUGUGGGACCCAGGAGCAGGUAGCCACCCAUUUGGGGCCCACAACACCUGGCUGUCCCCAGACUUGUGGCCAGGGAAGAUAGUAUUGAGGGCCCUCAAGGAGAGCGGGGCAGGGAUGCCUGAGCAGGACAAGGACCCUAGAGUCCAAGAGAAUCCUGACGAUCAGAGAAGGGUCCCCGAGGUCACCGGGGAUGCACGGUCUGCAUUUCGGCCCCUGCGGGACAACAGAGGCCUCUCUCCCUUUGUGCCCAGGCCCGGGACUCUGCAGAGAGACCUCCAUGCCCAGAGGUCAGAAGUCAGAUAUAACCAAAGAUCCCAGACCUCCUGGACGAGCUCGUGCCCUGAACAAAAUGCCAUCUCGAGCUCCCACAGCUCUACGGGAGGCCUCCCGGGGCUAAAGCAGAGGAGGGGGCCAGCCUCAUCCCACUGCCAGCUGGCCCUCAGUUCCUCAAAGACAGUGAGUGAGGACGGACCUCAGGCUGUCUCUUCGGGUCACACCCAGUGUGAAAAGACGGCAGAUAUAGCACCAGGGCGGACACUGGCCCUCAGGAAUGGCUCCCCCAGAUCCCAGGCCUCUAGGCCCCAUAAACGCAAGCUUCCCCUGCCGCAACACAGGCAAGAGGAUCCUCUGAUACUGCCACCUCCCUUAGAGCUGGGGUUCCGGGUCACUGCCGAAGACCUGGACCUGGAGAAGGAGGCGGCAUUCCAGCGCAUCAACAGUGAACUGCGGGCUGAGGCCAAGGCCAUCUCGGACUGUAGACCCUCACGGUCUUCCCACACUUUGUCCUCACUUGCAACACGGGCUUCUGGUGUGCCCACUGCCUCUAAAGCACCCAGUAUGGAUGCACAGCAGGAGAGACACAAGUCCCAAGACUGCCUGGGCCCAGUGGCCCCCCUAGCUUCUGCUGCAGAGGUCCCCUCUACAGCUCCUGUGUCUGGGAAGAAGCACAGACCACCAGGCCCCCUGUUCUCCUCCUCAGAUCCCAUUCCUGCCAUCUCUUCCCACUCCCGGGACUCAGCCCAGGUCACCUCGCUGAUUCCUGCCCCCUUCCCAGCUGCAAGCAUGGAUGCAGGCAUCAGAAGAAAAAGGCCUGGCACUUCUGCUCCUGCAGCUGCCGCAGCAGCCCCUCCCCUCUCCACAUUGAACCCCACAUUGGGGUCACUACUGAAUGGAGUGGAUGGAGGCCCUUCACAUUUCUGGGCCGCAGCCACGGCUGCAGCAGGUGCCCAGAGGUCAGAAGUCAGAUAUAACCAGAGAUCCCAGACCUCCUGGACGAGCUCGUGCCCCAAACAAAAUGCCAUCUCGAGCUCCCACAGCUCUACGGGAGGCCUCCUGGGGCUAAAGCAGAGGAGGGGGCCAGCCUCAUCCCACUGCCAGCUGGCCCUCAGUUCCUCAAAGACAGUGAGUGAGGACGGACCUCAGGCUGUCUCUUCGGGUCACACUCAGUGUGAAAAGACGGCAGAUAUAGCACCAGGGCAGACACUGGCCCUCAGGAAUGGCUCGCCCAGAUCCCAGACCUCUAGGCCCCGUAAACGCAAGCUUCCCCUGCCGCAACACAGGCAAGAGGAUCCUCUGAUGCCGCCACCUCCCUUAGAGCUGGGAUUCCGGGUCACUGCCGAAGACCUGGACCUGGAGAAGGAGGCGGCAUUCCAGCGCAUCGACAGUGAACUGCGGGCUGAGGCCAAGGCCAUCUCGGACUGUACACCCUCACGGCUUUCCCACACUUUGUCCUCACUUGCAACAGGGGCUUCUGGUGUGCCUGCUGUCUGUAAAGCACCCAGUAUGGAUGCACAGCAGGAGAGACACAAGUCCCAAGACUGCCUGGGCCCAGUGGCCCCCCUAGCUUCUGCUGCAGAGGUCCCCUCUACAGCUCCUGUGUCUGGGAAGAAGCACAGACCACCAGGCCCCCUGUUCUCCUCCUCAGAUCCCCUUCCUGCCACCUCUUCCCACUCCCGGGACUCAGCCCAGGUCACCUCGCUGAUUCCUGCCCCCUUCCCAUCUGCAAGCAUGGAUGUGGGCAUCAGAAGAACAAGGCCUGACACUUCUGCUCCUGCAGCUGCUGCAGCAGCCCCUCCCCCCUCCACAUUGAACCCCACAUCGGGGUCACUACUGAAUGGAGUGGAUGGAGGCCCUUCACAUUUCUGGGCCUCAGCCACAGCUGAAGCAGGUGCCCAGAGGUCAGAAGUCAGAUAUAACCAGAGAUCCCAGACCUCCUGGACGAGCUCGUGCCCUGAAGGAAAUGCCAUCUCGAGCUCCGACAGCUCUACGGGAGGCCUCCCGGGGCUAAAGCAGAGGAGGGGGCCAGCCUCAUCCCACUGCCAGCUGGCCCUCAGUUCCUCAAAGACAGUGAGUGAGGACGGACCUCAGGCUGUCUCUUCGGGUCACACCCAGUGUGAAAAGACGGCAGAUAUAUUACCAGGGCACACACUGGCCCUCAGGAAUGGCUCCCCCAGAUCCCAGGCCUCUAGGCCCCGUAAACGCAAGCUUCCCCUGCCGCCACGCAGGCAAGGGGAUCCUCUGAUGCUGCCACCUCCCUUAGAGCUGGUGUUCCGGGUCACUGCCGAAGACCUGGCCCUGGAGAAGGAGGCGGCAUUCCAGCGCAUCAACAGUGAACUGCGGGCUGAGGCCAAGGCCAUCUCGGACUGUAAACCCUCAUGGCCUUCCCACACUUUGUCCUCACUUGCUACAGGGACUUCUGGUGUGCCCACUGUCUCUAAAGCACCCAGUAUGGAUGCACAGCAGGAGAAACACAAGUCCCAAGACUGCCUGGGCCCAGUGGCCCCCGUAGCUUCUGCUGCAGAGGUCCCCUCUACAGCUCCUGUGUCUGGGAAGAAGCACAGACCACCAGGCCCCCUGUUCUCCUCCUCAGAUCCCCUUCCUGCCACCUCUUCCCACUCCCGGGACUCAGCCCAGGUCACCUCGCUGAUUCCUGCCCCCUUCCCAGCUGCAAGCAUGGAUGUGGGCAUCAGAAGAACAAGGCCUGGCACUUCUGCUCCUGCAGCUGCCGCAGCAGCCCCUCCCCCCUCCACUUUGAACCCCAUGUCGGGGUCACUACUGAAUGAGUGGAUGGAGGCCCUUCACAUUUCUGGGCCGCAGCCACGGCUGAAGCAGGUGCCCAGAGGUCAGAAGUCAGAUAACCAGAGAUCCCAGACCUCCUGGACGAGCUCGUGCACCAAGCGAAAUGCCAUCUCGAGUUCCUACAGCUCUACGGGAGGUCUCCCGGGGCUAAAGCGGAGGAGGGGGCCAGCUUCACCCCACUGCCAGGUGACCCUCAGUUCCUCAAAGACAGUGAGUGAGGACAAACCUCAGGCUGUCUCUUCGGGUCACACCCACUGUGAAAAGACGGCGGAUAUAGCACCAGGGCAGACACUGGCCACCAGGAGUGGCUCCCCCAGAUCCCAGGCCGACAGGCCACGUAGACGCAAGUUUCCCCUGCUGCCACGCAGGCGAGGGGAGCCUUUGAUGCUGCCACCUCCUUUGGAGCUGGGGUUCCGGGUCACUGCUGAAGACCUGGACCUGGAGAAGGAGGCGGCAUUCCAGCGCAUCAACAGUGAACUGUAGGCUGAGGCCAAGGCCAUCUCGGACUGUACACCCUCAUGGCCUUCCCACACUUUGUCCUCACUUGCAACAGGGGCUUCUUGUGUGCCCACUGUCUCUAAAGCACCCAGUAUGGAUGCACAGCAGGAGAGACACAAGUCCCAAGACCGCCUGGGCCCAGUGGCCCCCCUAGCUUCUGCUGCAGGGGCCCCCUCUACAGCUCCUGUGUUUGGCAUGGAGCACAGACCACCAGGCCCCCUCACGUUCUCCUCCUCAUAUCCCCCUCCUACCACCUUUUUCUACUAAUGGUACUUCUGGUACUCAGCCCAGGUCAUGUGGCAGAUUCCUGCCCCCUUCCCAGCUGCAAGCAUGGACGGAAGCAUGAGAAGCCCACAGCCUGGCACUUCUGGAGCCAGUUGCAGCCCUACAGCCGCACCCACGGUAAUUCGGAGUAGAGUUGGAUCCACGUCUGCAUUCCGUCAGAAGAAAAUCUUUUAAGAGAAAGGACCAAAGGAAAUAGGGCAUGAGGGGGCCUGAACACCCAGGGGGCCCCCCAGGCAGAGCACUUCCAUGGUGACCGUGGGACCUGGCACGGGGAGCAACUUCUGUUGGGUGGCACUUCUGUCUUUACUUUCCAUCACAUCCCUGGGGGACCAUUUAAACCAACGCCUGCAAUUGCAAGUCGGGGAUCCAGUGCCACUGCAAACAAGGCAGGCUGCACGUGCAAGUCUGGGCCAUCCUCUGACCCUAGCAACUCCACUUCCCGCGUGGGCACAGCAAGGAGGAACCUGGCUUCUAAGGUUCCCUCAUGCGCUGUCAGGAGUUCUGCUGGACACAGGUCCAAUGCGCCAUCCUCCAGCUCAUCCUUCUCCACGUCGGGCUUUUGAGCCCAUCAUAAAAUCCAAUAAAUUCCUAGAGUGAGGUCCAGAAGAGUUGUGUCUAUGUUUCCUUCCAAUAUUUUUGUAGUUUCGUAUCUUAGCAUUCACAUUUCCGUCUUGAAUCUAUCUCGAGGUGAUUUUUCUAUAUGCUGAGAGAUAAAGGUCCAGUUUCAUUCUUCUGCAUGUGGCUAUCCAACCCUCCCAGUGCCAUUCAUUGAAGAGGGUGUCCUUUCCCCAGUGUGUGUUUCUGUCGGCUCUGUCAAAGAUCAAUUGGCUGUGAAUAUGUGUCUGUCUUUCUGGGUUCUCUCAUCUGUCCCAUUGAUCUAAGUGUCUAGUUUUAUGCUAGGAUUAUACUAUUUUGGUUACUAUGCACUUGUCAAAAAUUUUGUAGUCUAAUUUGCAGUGAAAUGGGAUGCCUCUAGUUUUGUUGUUUUUGCUGAGCAUGACUUUGGGUCUUUGAGCUCUUUUUUGGUUCUUUUUUAUGAAUUUUAGGACUUUCCAGUUCCGUGAGUGAUGACAUUGGUAUUUUGGUAGGGGUUGUAUUGAAUCUCUAGACUGCUUCGGGCAGUAUGGUCAUUUUAAUGCUAUGAAUUCCUUCCACGAGCAUGAAAUGAUUGUCCAUUUCUUUGUGUCCUCUUAAACAUUUUCAUCAGCGUUUUGUAGUUUUCCUUGUAGAAAUCUUUCACCUCCUUGGUAAAAUUUCUUCUGUGGCAUACAUCUUUCCAUGUUGUUGCUAUUGUAAAUGGGAUUGCCUUCUUAAUUUAUUUCCCAACCAGACCAUUAUUGGUGUAUAGAAAUGCUGCUGAUUUUUUUGUUGUUGUUGUUGAUUCUGUAUCCUGCAAAUGACUGUAUUAAUUUAUUUAUCAAGUUUAGGGGUUUUCUGGUGGAGCCUUGACAUGUUUCUAGAUCCAAGAUCACAUCUUCAUCAGACAAGGAUAAUUCGAUGUCCUCUUUUCCAGUGUGGAAGCCUUUUAUUGUUUUCUCUUGCCUGAUUGUGUGAUGUCGAAUAGGAGUGGUGAGAACGGCAUCCUUGUCUUGUUCCUGUUUACAGAGGAAAUGCUUUCAACUUUCCCCCAUUCUAUAAUAGGUUAGCUAUGGCUUCGUUGUAUCAGCUUUGAUUAUUUUCAGUAAUGUUGUUUUGUUUGUUUGUGUUUUUUGAGAGAGAGUCUUGCUCUUGCCACCCAGGCUGGAGUGCAAUGUUGUGAUCUUGGCUCACUGCUACCUCCGCCUCCUGGGUUCAAGCGAUUCUCCUGCCUCAGCCUCCUGAGUAGCUGGGAUUACAGGUGCCUGCCACCACGCCCGGCUAAUUUUUGUACUUUUAGUAGAGA